AUGGGCACCAUCGAUGACACCGCCGGGUUCCCGGUGACGAGGACGAGCAGGUCGCUGGUGCCGCCGUCGUCGGCGACGCCGCGGGAGACGCUGCGCCUGUCGGUGAUCGACCGCGUGGCGGGACUGCGCCACCUGGUGCGGUCGCUGCACGUGUUCGCCGGCAACAACAAGCCAGCGGCGGCCAAGGCGCCGCAGGCGAAGGCGCUGCGGGAGGCGCUGGGGAAGGCGCUGGUGGACUACUACCCGUUCGCGGGGCGGUUCGUGGAGGCGGAGGACGGGGAGGUCCGGGUGGCGUGCACCGGCGAGGGCGCCUGGUUCGUGGAGGCCGCCGCGGCGUGCUCCCUGGAGGAGGUCCGGCACCUGGACCACCCCAUGCUGAUUCCCAAGGAGGAGCUGCUGCCGGAGCCCGCGCCCGACGUCAACCCGCUCGACAUGCCGCUCAUGAUGCAGGUGACGGAGUUCACGUGCGGCGGCUUCGUGGUGGGUCUCAUCUCCGUCCACACCAUCGCCGACGGGCUAGGCGCCGGGCAGUUCAUCAACGCGGUGGCGGACUACGCCCGUGGCGGCGCCGCCAUCACCAAACCCCGCAUCUCCCCCAUCUGGGCGCGCGACGUGAUCCCGGACCCGCCCAAGAUGCCGGCGCCGCCGCCGCGCCUCGACCUGCUCGACCUGGUGUACUUCACGACGGACCUCAGCCCGGACCACAUCGCCAAGGUCAAGUCGCGGUACCUGGAGUCCACGGGGCAGCGCUGCUCGGCGUUCGACGUGUGCGUGGCGCGCACCUGGCAGGCCCGCGUCCGCGCGCUCGCGAUCCCGGACCCCGCCGCGCCCGUCCACGUCUGCUUCUUCGCCAACACCCGCCACCUGCUUCCGGCGACGGCGUCGCCGGCCAGCGGGUUCUACGGCAACUGCUUCUACACCGUGAAGGCGACGCGGCCCAGCGGGGAGGUGGCGGCGGCCGACGUGGUGGAGGUGGUGCGCGCCGUCCGGGACGCCAAGGCCAGGCUCGCCGCCGACUUCGCGCGGUGGGCGGCGGGCGGGUUUGAUCGGGACCCCUACGAGCUCACCUUCACCUACGACUCCCUCUUCGUCUCCGACUGGACGAGGCUCGGGUUCCUCGAGGUGGACUACGGCUGGGGCACGCCCACGCACGUCGUGCCCUUCUCCUACCACCCGUUCAUGGCCGUCGCCAUCAUCGGGGCGCCGCCUGCGCCCAAGCCCGGCGCACGCAUCAUGACCAUGUGCGUCCAGGAGCAGCACCUGCCCGAGUUCCAGGAGCAGAUGAACCAGCCCUCCUCGUGA